ACGACAGGAACACAUUUCUUGACACUGACAUCAGAAAACUUUAUCCUGAUGAAAACAGAAGCAUCGGAGUUUGACAGAUCUUUUGAAUAAAUGAAAUAAAAUCCGGUAAGACUGAAUGGAAAUAGCUGUUGGAUAAAAGGACAAAAUGUGGAAAAGAGCUGCUGUUCUUUGGCUUUUGCUGUUGGCAGCGAACCCAGAUGUAGCCCACGGACAGAACAGAAGAAAGACGGGUCGGAAACCAAGUAACCUUAUACUAAGAGAUGAAGGAAAGGUGAUGUCCUGUCCUUUAGACAUUGCCUUCAUCAUGGAUAGCUCUGAAAGUGCCAAAAAUAUCAUGUUUGAGAGGGAGAAGGCUUUUGUUCAGGAUUUCGGUGAAAGAGUAAUGCAGAUGACGUCACCUUCUGGCAUAAAAUUAAACAUCAGUUUGGCAGCCCUACAGUACAGCAGCACUGUCAAGAAAGAGCACCCCUUCCGAGACUGGCAAAACAUUGAAGUCUUCAAAAGCCGGGUCCGCUCAAUGUCUUAUAUAGGGCAUGGUACAUAUUCGUCCUAUGCAAUCACUAACACCACCCAGCUCUUUGAAGAGGAAACAAAGCCUGACGGUGUCAAAGUGGCAUUACUGAUGACUGAUGGAGUGGACCACCCAAGGAACCCAGACAUCUUGGGGGCAGCAACUAUUGCUAAGAACUAUGGCAUCAAGCUCUUUACCAUUGGGUUAUCAGCCCUUGCUAAUGAAAGCAUCAAUAUUAUCAAACUGCGCUCCAUAGCUAGUGCCCCAUCCGAACAAUAUGUGCAUAGCCUGACUGAUCCAUACCUUGGAGAUAAACUCCUUAAUGAAUUGAGGAGAAUUGCUGUUGACGGGUGUCAGCUGCCAAAGCCAUCGUGUGUUUGUGAAGCAGGAGAGAGGGGCCCUCCAGGAAGUCCGGGCAACAAUGGUCGUGAUGGCCCUAAAGGUAACAAAGGAUCCAAGGGUGAGUCUGGCAUCAAUGGACCUCCUGGAAAUCAAGGCCCUGAGGGCAGAUCUGGUUUUAAGGGUAAUAAGGGUGAAAGAGGUGAAUGUGGGGUCCCUGGAACAAAAGGAGAUAGGGGGCCUGAAGGACCACCUGCACCAAGGGGACCCAGAGGAGAGAAAGGUUUAAUUGGAGCAACAGGGGACCAAGGCCCUCAAGGAAACCCUGGACCUAAAGGGGAUCGUGGUCCAACUGGUGCCUCUGGUCCCCCAGGCGAUAAUGGUAUUGGAUUUCCUGGGCCGAAGGGGGACAAAGGUUCACAGGGCAGACCUGGGCCUGCUGGUCCAAUAGGCAUUGGGGAGCCAGGACUACCAGGUCCUCCAGCUCCUUCAGGGAUACAGGGGAGCAUAGGACCUCCAGGAGAAGGACUUCCUGGUGCAAAGGGGGACAGAGGGUACGAAGGACCCAGAGGAACGCGUGGUUUACCAGGAUUGGGGAUUAAGGGUGAGAAGGGUGAUAUUGGACCUUCUGGGCAUCCUGGACCAGUUGGCUUUCCAGGAAGUGGGAUUCAGGGAGAGAAGGGUGACCAAGGUCUGGUAGGCCCAAUUGGUCCUAGAGGGCCACCAGGGAUAGGAUUUCUUGGCCCAAAGGGAGACCAGGGUUUUCCUGGAGAAUCUGGGUUGCCAGGUGACAGGGGAGUUGGUGAAACAGGACCUAAAGGGGAUGCAGGGCCACCAGGGCUGCCUGGAAUGCAGGGUAUUUCAGGGGAGGACGGGGCUGUGGGACCAAAGGGUGAAUCAGGUUCUCCAGGACUGAGGGGACCUGAGGGGGCUCCUGGAAAAGGAAUAUCUGGAGAAAAGGGAGACAAAGGGGACAGAGGUCCUAGAGGACUACCUGGAUUACAAGGACAAGUUGGAGCAAUGGGGCCUAAGGGUGUGACAGGAAAUACUGGCCAAACUGGGUUGACAGGCCCACCUGGUCGGGGAAUUCAAGGGCCAAAAGGUGACCCAGGUCAGGUAGGACCACCUGGACCAGUCGGGGACCCAGGAAUUGCAAUAACUGGACCAAAGGGUGAAAGAGGAUUGCCUGGACCUUCAGGACCAAUUGGACCAAAAGGGGACGGCUAUCCUGGCCCUCCGGGACCAUCUGGAUUACCAGGGCUUCCAGGAGAAGCAGGCCCUGAAGGAAAGGGGUUGCCUGGUUCUAAGGGAGACCGAGGAUUACCAGGCUUUCCAGGAUUACCUGGACUCCAUGGAACUGGAGACGUCGGACCCAAGGGAUCUGUUGGUCCAGCUGGUCCACCAGGGCCCCCAGGUUUACCUGGAGAGGAUAUCCAAGGACCCAAGGGAGAGCCUGGAUUUCAGGGAGUGCCUGGGCCAAGGGGCCCACCAGGGGAAGGCUUCCCUGGAGAGAAGGGUGACCGUGGAUUUUCAGGAGCUCGAGGGAGGCAUGGUGACAAAGGAGAACUUGGAGAGCCUGGGCCAACUGGAACACCAGGGAUGCCUGGACAGAAAGGGGAUAUUGGCCUUACUAGAGAAGAAAUCAUCAAAAUAAUCAGAGAAAUCUGUGGUUGUGGUGUAAAAUGUAGAGAAAGUCCUCUUGAACUGGUGUUUGUGAUUGACAGUUCGGAAAGUGUCGGACCAGAAAACUUUGAUGUUGUCAAAGACUUUGUCAAUGCCCUGAUAGACAGAGUUUCUGUGAGUCGCGAAGGCACCCGUAUUGGCGUUGUGCUGUACAGCCACAUUAAUGUUGUUGUGGUCAACCUCCAGCAGCACUCAAACCAAGACGACGUGAAGGCAGCGGUUCGCUCAAUGACAUAUCUCGGGGAGGGCACCUACACAGGCAGCGCCAUACAGAAAGCUAACCAGAUCUUCCAGGCCUCCAGGCCAGGGGUUAGGAAAGUGGCAAUAGUUAUAACAGAUGGACAGGCAGACAGGCGUGACUCUGUGAAACUGGAGGCAGUGGUGAGGGAAGCCCAUUCAGCCAGCAUUGAAAUGUUUGUUAUUGGAGUAGUGAACUGGAGUGACCCCUUUUAUCUCGACUUCAAGAACGAAAUGAAUAUGAUUGCCUCGGAUCCAGAUGAGGAGCAUAUUUAUCUAAUUGAUGACUUUAUGACACUUCCAGCACUUGAGAGCAAACUACUCAGCAGAAUCUGUGAAAGUGAAGAUGGCGCCUUGUUUAGUUUAGGGCCUAACUCUAUAUUGCCACCUAGUAUUGCCACCACUUCAGACCUUGUCAAAGAUAAACUGGAAAGAACAGACACAACUUUUGUCAACGGAGAUUACAGUACGCUGUCUAGAGAGCCAACCCCAUCAGGUGAAUCAGUCACUCCAUCAGGACCCCGGGGGACCAGGAUCGGUAUUGAAAAUGACAGAAUUGCUCCUUCAUCGAACAGAACUUCCAUCGCCCCUGUAGCAGCCCCACCAACUCAGGAAACCUUUUUUGCAGGUCUAAGAUGUGAAGAGACUUUGGAACCAGGAACAUGCACGGAGUAUGUUGUUAAAUGGUACUAUGACUCCACAGCAAAUGCAUGUGCCAAAUUCUGGUAUGGAGGGUGUAAUGGUAAUGGGAACCGGUUUGAUACAGAGGAUGAUUGUAAACACUAUUGUGUUAGAGAAAAAAAGAAAUAAAAUCUGAGCCUGGCACAUGUCAUAAGAAUGCAAGAAAAUGAAGUAUUGCUACGUGUACACACAUAAUAAUUUAACAUCCAUUGUGAAAAGCAAAGCUAAUUAAGGUUCAAUUACAAAAUACUUUUUCCUGCUUAGUGGUGCUAUUCAAUCAAACCAGACAUGAGUACACAAAACGUGUGCUUUCUGUACAUUCUAAACGUUAUUUUAUAAGUUCUUAAUUAAUUUAACAUGAAUUAUCAUGAAUUCUAACAGUUGAACCCCAAAGUAUUAUGUUUAAAGCACAUUUUUACAAAAGUCCAGAUUAAUAAUAGUAGCAUGAUUACGCAAAAUGUCUGAUGACUAAUAUUUCAAAUAUAAUUGAAUUCAGUUACUUGACACUUAACAUUGACUAACUUUGUUUUAUAUUUUGGUGAUGUAUAAUUGAAUACAGAUAUCCCAAUUUACUGUAUACUGUAAUACAAGACAUACAGUGUCUUUUUUUUAAUUUGGUUUCUUGUAGCAUAAACAUGCAAAACAUUUUUAUUUGGAAACCUUUUUGUGAUUUCAUCUUUUGGUCAAACAGUAAUAUACUGUAUAUACUCUUUCCUGUUUUUUUAAUAAUAAAAUGUAAUUUGUUCAGUUAGAUCUUGCUUAGAGAAGUUUACAUUGCACAAGGAUUCAUUCGAAGCAUGUGAAGGAAAACUUGUUGGAUAGCUUGUCAUUAUAAUCACAACAAUGACCUUACUCUACAGAGUGUUCAGGAACUAAUGUCAAAUAAUUCAUAAGAACAGUAUCAAGUUUCAAGGCAGAUGAAAGGUAUGCCUCUCCAAACGUUUUUGGUUGUUGAGAAAGAGCUGCACCAUUUCACAGAUGGAACAGGUGGAACUGCUGAGCCUCCCCGAGGAAUGAAGAGCUGCUGAAGACAAUAGGCAGUAACAAACAAACUGAGAUUGGAAGUCCUUUUUUCAGGUUAAAAAGUUGAAAGGAGCACAAUAACCUAUAGUACUUACUCUCUGAUGACCAAUAGGCUACUUUGAUUUCAGCUCCCUCAUGGCCAAUGGAAGAAUUGAGCAUUAUUCUGUAAUGCACUAGUGUAUUGGUAAACAAUGGUAAAGAGCUAAACUGAUGGAUUGUACAUUGCAGGCACAGCCCAAAUGAAGCCAUUACAAGAAUGCAUGGGGAAAGUACUCACAUUUUUUUUUCUUCUAAUAAGUAUUAAAUACUUGUAUUGGAAACUGAACAUUGAAAGUUACUGACUAAUUUAAAACUGCUGGAUCUAGUGGGGUACAUAUGCAAUGUUCCGAAGUCUGGAGGAAGGUUAAACUAUAUGUGUUGAGCCUUGAAAUAUAGGAAAGUGACUCAAGUGUACAGUAAGAGUAAAUUGAUUGCAGUAAUCGAGAUACAGCAUUGUUGUGAACUCGACAAAUGGUGAGGUUGCUUCAAAAGCCAGGUUAGGCAUGUUUAGAUACAUUCAUGGUGCAGAUUACACUGCUUCAAACAAUGGGGGAUAUUCAGAGAUAUCUGUCGUAAUACCCUAUUCACAAUACUGGUACUUAAAUAAUGUACAAUUGUGAACAGGAUAGCUUGUAGGUGAAAUCAGACCAGAAAAUGCAAAUAACCUGUUUGGUGAGGUGAAGGUGCUUUAUAAAAUAAACAAAUAAAAACAAAACAAUGAACAAACAAAAAUAGACAAACAAACAAAAUGGCAUGAGGGCCAGAAAUAGACAAACAAACAAAACAUGGCGAACACUAAACACACAAGAAUUGUGAUGAGCUAUGUCAGUCUGAGUAGCUGUUGCUUUACUUUCAGUUCUUACUGUCUCGCUCUCUCGUUCCACCUCUGAGUUCUUACUGUCUCGCUCUCUCGUUCCACCUCUGAGUUCUUACUGUCUCGCUCUCUCGUUUCACCUGAGUUCUUACUGUCUCGCUCUCUCGUUCCACCUCUGAACACCCAGCCCUGAGUGAGAAAUGUGUGCCUCUUUUAUGCAGCUGUGCCGGGACUCGAUUGCUAAUCAAUCAUUCAAUUGAGUCCAGGCACAGUCUGCAUGUGAACUAUUUGUGACUGCCCCAUGCCCACAUGCGAACAUAUAUUUUAAAUCACCUGUGCUACAUAACCCACACUCUAUGCCAUGCACCAAUACAUACAUACAUAUAAUAACACACCACACUAAACAUAAAAUACACACAGGGGCGGGGCUACCCCACCACAACAAUCAACGUGAUUGAUUUUAUAUAAUUCACCAACAGGUAACUUGUGAAGUGACACACCCUAAGGAUUAUUCUUCCUCUCAAUUUAGAAGUAGCUUUUUUUCACAUUCUUUGUUUAAGUCCGGAAUGUAAUACAUCAUUUUAAAGUAAUAAGGAAGUACAUUUUUACAGACUUGAAAACAGGAAAAAAUUUAAUUGCUGAAAUAGUGAAACCCCUCCAUAGACACACACCGCACCCUUUGCAAAUAUAGAUAAGACGCUUCCUGUUGGUUUAAAUUUUCAAACUACAGUAAUGGGAGAUUACAAGAAUAAUGCAGAUCCUAUUAUCUUGUAGCCUGUGUUCUGUUCCUCCGCAUUACACCCUUGUUCAGUAGAUAAAAUGGAUCAGGUUGUGUACUCUUACUCAGGUGCAUGGUCUAAAAAAUGAAACGCUUGAAAAUAUGAAAGAAAAUGUGCAUUACUUUUGUUGGCACUACAGAUGAACCUCAUCCUCAUUGUGUUGUCUUUGGUGAUGUACUGGCUAAUGACAGAUGAUUUAUUAAAAAACAGAAGUUCAGCUGAAGAAACCAGAGGUGCCAACAUUUGAAAAUGAAAACCCUACCACCAA